AUGUUGUUCAAACUUAACGUUGUGGAAAAGAAUGUACACGAUCCAGCAAAUUCAACAUACCGUAUUAAAAAAGUUUGUUUUGAUGACUCUGUCAUUACUGCAUUUACGGAACAUUAUAAAUUGAAUGAGAAUCAUAACAACGGUGGACAUUCCCCAAGUGUAAAUGAUUAUAAUGGUGGUCCUACUAUAUCGUCAAAGGAUUUCUCUUCAUUGUCGGAGAAUAAUGAUUGUUGUUGCUGUAUAAUCAUGGAUAAGAAACGCACUUCUCGAAAAUUACUAAAAUCGUGUAAUCUAUAUGAUGUUCCUAUAGGUUACUCAAUCGAGGAAUUUGAUGCUAAUAUUGUACAAAAUUCAGUGGGUCAUGUUACAUUUGCGCAUACAAGAUCACUUCAUGAUGUGUCUAUAUCUGAAGUUCAAUCAAACAACAUGGACGAUGUAAGGUCUGCAUCCGUGAGAAGAAAGGGUGUUUUAAAGGAAAAUGAAGUUUCAAGGAAGUUUCAUAUAAAAGAGAAUGAUAAUGGUCUUAAGUGUUCAAUACAAGAUAUUGCCAAUGUAAAAGGGAAGGGAAUUCCCCCUGAUUCAAUAGGCAUGCAACGUGACCCGUUUAGUUGGAACUCGAAUAUUACUCCAACCCCAAUGAGCUGUGUUCUGACUGAUAUAUCUAAUGCUGUUGACUACAUUAUUAAUAACAAGACUUUUCCAAAGUUGAAAAGAAAAAUGCCAAUACAUGGUGAUUGCAGUGAUUCGGAAUAUGUUUCAAAUGAUGACAACAGCGAUGAUUCUGCUGAUUAUGAUGAUUACGACGAUCUUGGUGAUCAAAGUUGCGUUUGUCAAUCAUGUGGUGCGAUUAUGUGGUAUGGCGAGAGACUUGCCAGACACUAUGAAACAGAAUCGCCAAAAUUUUCACUAUGUUGCAUGAACGGUAAAGUCCAGCUGCCCAAAUUGAAGGAUCCUCCAACUAUACUAUCAAGUCUCUUAUUCAGUAGGGAUAGACGCAGUAGGAACUUCCAAGAUAAUAUAAGAUCUUUAUUACCUGAGGAGGGUACCACGCCGAAGUUUGCACAACUUUAUAUAUUCGACACAGAGAAUGAAGUUCAAAAUCGAAUUGCUGCUGUAAGAUCUGGAAACAAUUCUAAUAAUUUAGAUCUGUCAAUAGAGUCUUUGAUAAAAGAUAUGAUUGAUGUGUCGAACGUACUUGCUAGGUCAUACAGAGUUGCACGCGAUCGUAUUGCUGCAGAUGGAAAUAGAGGUGUAAAAUUAAGACUGGUUAAGAGCCGAAGUACUGAUGGUUGGACAUAUAAUCUACCAAAUGCCAGUGAAAUUGCAGCGCUCAUUGUUGGCGACUUCGAUAACCAGGAGGGUGUAAGGGACAUUGUGGUCGAAACGCAGUCUAAGAGGCUUCAGCGCAUUAGUGAACUACACCCACUUUAUCCACCGUUACAGUACCGCUUGAUUUUUCCUUACGGUGAAGAUGGGUAUAGAGAUGAUAUUCCUUUGAGAGAGUCUUCAUCAAAUAGUAGCCGGAAACGAAGAUUUAAUCAGGACAAGCUUAGGGUUGACAUGUAUAAGGGACUUCGGAAAAUGAUUGUCAAGGGUGACGGUGAAGGCACGUCUGCUGGAAUGUGCAUAGUUCUUCCAUCGACAUUUACAAACGGUCCCAGAUAUAUGUUUAACAACUUCAUGGACGCCCUCCAGAUAUGCAAUUGGAUUGGAUUUCCAUCGCUUUUUAUAACAAUAACAUGCAAUCCCAAGUGGCCAGAAAUACAAAGGGUGUUGAGAGAUACGAAUCUGCGUCCCGAAGAUCGACCUGAUAUUCUUUGUCGCGUGUUCAAGAUGAAACUGGACAGUCUGAUCUCAGAUUUUAAAAAAGGGCAUAUUUUCGGACGGAUAAGAUCAUACGUCUGCACUAUUGAGUUCCAAAAACGUGGUUUGCCGCAUGCGCACAUCCUUCUUUGGUUGCAUAACGACGAUAAGCCAAAAUGUUCGGAAGAUAUUGAUCGAAUAACAUGUGCCGAAAUACCCGAUAAGACUUGCGACCGAAAAAUGUAUAAGUUGGUAAAAAAAUACAUGAUCCAUGGACCAUGCGGGCAUGCGAACAUGAAUUCUCCCUGCAUGAAUGAUGGUAUUUGCACCAAGCGCUUUCCAAAGAUAUUUUUGCAACGUACUGAGGCUGACGAUGAAGGAUACCAUUCGUAUAGAAGAAGGGAAGACGGCCGGACAGUAACGAAGAAGAAAACAAUAUUGGACAAUGGGUAUGUCGUUCCUUACAACCGUGCUCUACUGUUGAAAUACAUCGAGCUCUGUAACCAGAACAAACCAAUAAAGUAUCUUUUCAAAUAUGUCAACAAGGGUAAUGAUCGAGUUACAGCUGCCUUUUAUCAGUCACGUAAUACCAAUGACGGUGAACAAAUACGCGAUGAGAUAAAAAUGUACUACGACUGCAGGUACUUAUCUGCAUGCGAGGCCAGUUGGAGGUUGUUUGGGUUUGAUAUUCAUUACAGAGACCCCCCCCGGUGA